CAAUCAGCAAACGAGCUUCGGCAGAGCGGCAGAGUAGUGCGUAAUGACGUUACGUAAACGUCAUUGGUUACGUUACGUAAGUUCCAGAGAGAGCAGGAAGUGUGAUGUGGCUUUGACUCAAAACAAAAAUGUCGGCCAUUUUCAACUUCCAGUCACUGCUAACGGUGAUUCUCCUCUUGAUCUGUACCUGUGCCUACAUCAGAGCAAUGGCUCCCAGCCUGCUAGACAAGAACAAGACUGGGAUUCUAGGAAUUUUCUGGAAGUGUGCCAGAAUAGGUGAGCGGAAGAGUCCCUGGGUGGCGGCUUGCUGUGUCAUCAUGGCUUUUAGUAUAUUGUUUCUACAGUAGCAGUCCCAAGGAAACCACACAUGGAAACAUUGGAGAAAUAAAAGGACAAGUCACAGACAUAAUGAUCCUAGAAGCACAACAGGACCUCCUGUGGUUGUCACUUAGAUAAUGUAAAAACAGAGAGCUAUCACCACUCACUGAUGCCACGGAGAGAGAAAAUGUGUCUGCGUAGGGGGAGGGGGUUAGCUGAUAGCCCCGGAGUGUGUGUCUUGAUCCCUCCUUGGACUUCCAGGUCCUGUCCUCGUGUGUUUGCUCAUGUGGAAUGUUUACUGGGGAUGUAUGUGUGUGUGGGGGGGCCACUGCGUUCUGUUUCCUGCCACUCCAUCUAAACGAAAGAAUUCAGAUCGUGGCAUUAUUUCUGGGAUCAAAUAAUACAUUGUUUGUCUAAACAUUUCAAACACAGUCUCUCCUCCCUUAGAGUUUGUCUCAAUUGCAUUGAGCUGUUUGGGAUUUUUCCGCAAAAAGGACCGUCAUAAAUGUUCAAGACUCUUGUGCGAAUUACACGAAGGCUUGUGACUUUAUAUCAUCACAGUAUCUUUUUUUUGUAACCUGUGCCCUGUUUGUUCUAUUGAGAAAGCGUGAUCAGAUUUCACAAUGAACAAAAUGAAAGUAUGGGUCUUCUAAUGAUCAUACAGAUUUGCCUCGAAGAGCUGCUGAUGUUUUUUAAAGUCAGUCAGUUUUCCGCUAUUUAUUAAAGAACCAUUUUUGGAAAAUUGAAAA